AUGGAUAAUCAAGCCGCGGGUAGUGACGCAGCAGGCAUCCCACCAGCCGGGAGCGAAGCCUUCCCGGGAGGCCAAAGCUUUGAGGCAGCGCCAGGCUUUGGCAACGGUGAUGGUACCGCUCUUGUGUACCAUCACCAGUUUCAUCCAAACUGCGAAGAAUGUCGGAGACAGGCCUAUAUUAGGCUUCAUCAAGCACAGUUUCUGGCGCCUCCCCAAGUGUGGGAAUCGAUGGACCCCAGCGCCCAGUUCUAUGAACUGCGUCGGUUGACCAUGCCAGAAGACGAGUUCUUUCAGUCUUUGUCCGACUUUGAGCCAUACUUGGCUCAAUUCCAGGAACACCAGCACCAGCAGGAGUACCAGCAGCAACAGCCCUUCGUGCCGUUGCUCCCAAUGGCUGAGGAACAGCAACCAGUAAUCGGGAUGCAGAACAUCCCAGAUGAGGUCAUCGAGCCUCUCCUUUUCCAGCAGGGAGCAACUGGUGAGGCCUUUGUGCCUACAACUUUCCAACCAGCAGCAUCUGAGCCUAUGACGGUUCAACCAGGAGUGUAUGGGCCGGCUAUGGCUGAGCCCACGAUGUAUAUGCCGGCGUUUGUGCCUUCGGGUGUUGAGGCCUCAAUCUAUGAGCCUGCAGAAUUCAACUUUAACACCUUGCCUCAUGGCCCUGUGCAGCAGCCGAUUCAGGGCGAGCCCUGGGCAAUGACCCACGACGGCAGUCUCUUUGAGCCGACUCCUGAGGAUGGCUUCAGAUAUGAAGCACCUGGCGAGGAACGCAAUGUGUUUUCGUCUACCGUCCCGCAGAUGAAUGAAGCUACUACCAACAUGGUGGGUAUGCAGAACCCAGUUCAGUAUGAACCACCAGUUCCCAGCCAAGCUCCAGUUCGGGCUCCUAGACGACUCCUCCCGUCCAACGGUCAGCGAGAGCUGCCUGUUCACAGGCAGCCGGAAGGUCGUGCCAGACGCAUGCCCCUCGUUCAGCUAUCCUCUGAAGAAAGCCUCGAAAGGGCUGAGAAAGACCUUUUCCUUAUAGAAUCGAGGCGUCAGAACAUUUCUUACAAGGACAUUAAGCGCCUUGGAAAUUUCGCAGAGGCGGAGUCGACUCUGCGUGGAAGAUACCGCACCCUAACUAAGGAUAAGAAGAAUAGGGUCAGAGACCCAAAGUGGACUGACAUCGAUAUCCACCUUUUGAAAGAAGCUGUCCGAGUGUUGGGACAUGGUCUGCACCCUGAUCGCGCCAAACUCUCCUGGAUGGCGGUGUCGAGGUAUAUUAGCAACCAUGGAGGUAGCUACGAUUUUGGCUUUUCGACUUGUCAUCGUCGAUGGCUUCAGCUGGAGGCAGAUGGCCAGCUGGAAGAUACUGGUUACGAUGAUAGCUGGGCUGAUGAGGAUGAGGAUGCCGAGACUCUGGCCGAUGUCGAAGAAGAACGCAGUGAUCAUGAUGAAGAGCAAGACAGUAUCAUGGCUGAUGAGCACGAUGAGGACGACCAAGAAAGUGAGGAAGAGAAAAAGAAUCCCCGUCAGAUGACGGAGGAAGACCAAGAUGAGAGCGAUAGCGAAAGUUCAAGCGACAGCGACGACGACGAGGAUGCCGGCGUUCCGAUCAAAGUUGAGAUCAAGACGGAAGAAGAAUGA